AUGUCCACAGAUGUCACGUACGUCAAUGGGUUCUACUCGAACAUGCCACAGCGUCUGUCCAAAUACAGCUGGUUUGGAAAUGGGCGCCUCUACCACUUCCAGGUUCCGGAGGGGGCGGAGCUGGUGCGCUGGUCGCUUACUGUAAUGCGCAGCUCCGGAUUCAGCUGCGGCAACCAGAACAUCACAGUACACUUUCGGGCCGGCGCACCACCAGUCAUCAACCCCAUCCUCACAACCUUCCCAAACUUCACAGCCUUUUCUCCUGCCUAUAACCUGACUCUGAAUGUCCCAAAUGGACAGUCCAGCAACGUCAUACUGUUCAAUGUAACGCGCCCUGAAGCCGGGGAUUGGUUCCUUGUGGCUCAUCUGCCUAAAGAUGAUGGGAAGAUCGAGCAACAGGGGUUGCCUUCCUGCUCAUAUUUGUUCCAGCCUCAGAUGUACGUGAGGAGAGCUGUUGACAUCCCGGUCUUGCAGGACAACAUUCCACAAACUCAAACACUGACUCAGAAACUGGCUCAUUUCAAGGUCUUUGUUCCUGAGUUCUCCUCCAAUUUAGAAGUCUUUAUCCAUUCCUGUUCAGUGGAGUCUGUGCCAUCACGGGAUUGUGGAUUGUCCAUUGCUUUAGGUUCAGCCUCCCUAGUCCAGAGCUCAGUUACUACCGUGAACUGUUCAGGGAACGAACCGUGUUCCGCUUCUGUCUCAAAUCCACCAUGGAACUCCUGGGUACGAGUUACUGUGGAAAACAGCCAGCCAAAUGUGACGACAACGUUUAGCAUCUCCGCCAAUCAUACAGCAGGCUGUAAACCCUCCAGUGCCCCGCCAGAUUCGAACGCUUCUUUUCCCCUGGGUGACACGUCUCCGAACACCACUUCUGCAGAAACCCCCCCAGCCAGAGUACCAGUUUCGAACAGCUGCAUGCAGAACUUAGCUGUGGUACGAGAGGACCAAGAUGUAUUUUCGGUGCGCUUCGCAGUGCCCAAUGGCAGCGUGAAUGUGGUCUCCAUGCUCCCGACCAUGCUUGGCCUGGACCUGGAGGAUGCAUACAGUGGAGGGACACUGACGGUCCAGCUCGAUCUUAACACGACUUCUCUGACUGGUGCAUUUGACAGAGUGAGGGCGUGUCUGACACCUUCUGCUCCUUCUCUUCAACUCAACACCAGCCAGUCAUGUGAUGCAGCUUUUAUGAAAGGAUACUCACUAGAAGUGAGCAACAAUGAAACCAAGGCAUUGUUGAGGAUUCCCUUCCCGGAUGGUGAGACUUGGUACCUCACACUCCAAACCAUCUGCAACACUUCCACUGGCUGCAGUAACGCCUCUGCCAUGGUCAGUGUGUCGGCGAGUGUGAGCGCGUGUAUUGAUGACUGUGGACCGUAUGGAGAGUGCAGGCUUCUGCGUACACACGCCUACCUCUAUUCUGCAUGUGUAUGCAAAGCAGGUUGGCAGGGAUGGAGCUGCUCGGACAAUUCAAGCGCUCAGUCGUUCUCCCGGCAGCUGACUGCAGCCCUGCUCCUCACGCUCAGUAACCUGUUCUUCAUCCCUCCUAUCAUCGUAGCACUUUACCGUGGCUACCACCCAGAAGCUGCCGUCUACCUUUUCACCAUGUUCUUCUCUACGUUCUAUCAUGCCUGUGACCAGCCUGGUGUUACAGUACUGUGCAUCAUGGAUUACGACACCCUCCAGUUUUGCGACUUCCUGGGCUCUGUGGUUGCUGUAUGGGUCACUAUUGUCUGUAUGGCGAAACUAAAGGAUCUGCUGAAAUACGUGUUCUUUAUCGGAGGGGCACUCCUCAUCGCUAUGGCGAUGCAGCUGGACCGCCGUGGCCUGUGGAACCUUCUAGGUCCUGUCCUGUUCGCUUUAGCAAUCAUGAUCACCGCAUGGGUGUAUCGUGGAGUAAAGCGUCGUCACUGCUACCCACCAACAUGGAAGCGCUGGGUCUUUUUCCUGAUCCCAGGCAUCGUAUCGGCGCUCAUCGGUCUGUGUGUGUAUGCCUUCGCUCAGACCGACAGCAACUACUACUACACGCACUCCAUAUGGCACGUCAUGGUGGCCACGAGCGUCGUUUUUCUUUUACCGCCACGCAAGAAGAACAUGCCACCGUGGGGCUGGCCUUACAAACUCUGUGGCUACAAAAUGUGUCAAAACCAAAAGGAAGAACUCUACAUCGUUUCUUAAAGACACUAAACAUUAUAGGAAUAUCAGUGUGCAUUUUGUAACGACCAUUACACUACAGUUACCAAAAAAAAAAAAAAAAAUGUUAGUGUUUUUUAGCCUUCUAUUAAUUUCUACCCCUAUUCAGAGUUCCUCUCUGAAGCUCCGGUCCCACCAGGAAUGUGCUUUGCAAAGCAGUCAUGGUCAGGCUAAGACUGGAAGAUUUUAACCAGAAAUGAUCCAUUGUUGCAGGUAAUGAGCAAUUUACACUUAGCGACUUGGCAUACUUGGAUAUUUCAGGACUUCAUUCAUUCAGGAAUUCGUCACUAGUUUGUUUAAAAAAAAUCAGCUUUAUACACCGACCAGACAUAACAUUAUGAGCACUGACAGGUGACCUGAAUAACACUGAUUAUCUCUUCAUCACGGCACCUGUUAGUGGGUGGGAUAUUAUAAGGCAGCAAGUAACCAUUUUAUACUUAAAGUUGAUGUGUUAGAAGCAGGAAAAAUGGGCGAGCGUGAGGAUUUGAGUGAGUCUGACAAGGGCCAUAUUGUGAUGGCUAGACGACUGGGUCAGAGCAUCUCCAAAACUGCAGCUCUUGUGGGGUUCCUGGUCUGCAGUGGUCAGUAUCUAUCAAAAGUGGUCCAAGGAAGGAACAGUGGAAAACCAGCAACAGGGUCAUGGGCGACCAAGGCUCAUUGAUGCACGUUGGGGAGCCUUUACCAAGAGACGAACUGAUAGAAAGGUGUCAGACUCCAUGCCUCGACGGGUCAGGGCUGCUUUGGCAGCAUAAGGGGACCAACACAAUAUUAGGAAGGUGGUUAUAAUGUUAUGCCUGAUCGGUGUACAUGUCGAAGGCGCAUUGUGAAGGUUCACAAGGGUGUAGUGUAGUGAAUCUAUCCAAAAUUGAGAAAGGGAGAAAAAAAGAUUAAAUACAUUUGGGGUUUGUUAGCAAGCUAAGCUUCUGACCACUGUACACUAAAACACUACAAUGAAAUAUGUUAGCACAUACAUACACUGAUUUUAACUCUUGUUUUUAUAGUAUUAUUUCUAUUUAAUUUGGGUAAUAUUUAUUCUCGGAUGGUGCACCGUGAACUAUGUAUCUACACGUUGCUCCGCCCAGUUACAAGUCAAAACAACAUGGCGGUGGCCCCGUUGGCUCAAAGUCUAACAGAUUCAAAAAGUGCAUGAAAUUCUGCCUGUUUUCAGCUGUCAGUUUUCAUGCUGCAUCCCAAACCACAUACUAUUUAGUGAAUUAGUAUUUUAAGAUGGCAGUGGUAGUAUUCAAAUUACACCGAACUGAGAAGUAGGUAUUCAAAAUGAUGUCAAUGUGGUUUAAAAAAACAGAAAAAAACUGAAGAAAAUACUACAGUAACCUCAAAAGUGUUGCCCAUGUGAUCAACCAUGUGUUGACCAUAUGAUCAACAUUUGACGUCCCACAUCUAAUACAGGGUUGUGGAGACCAUCCUGACGUUUUUUUUUAGAUGUUUUUCUUCGGUUAUUUUCUAGUCGAACAUUGUAGAUUUUUUGAAAGUUACAUGGGUAUUCGAGCACAUGAGUCUGUUGGUCCAUCAAUGAUUAGCUCAUGCUUAGAAAACUCGAUGUAUUACUUUGUCUUUGUGUAAUGGAGUUUCAGAUUGCAUUUCUUGAUGCCGAGGCGGACUAUGUUAAGUGGCAAUGUUUUCCUGAAGUACUUUUAAGACCAUGUGGACACUUCUUUUGAGUGUGGGUUGAGGCAUCAUUUACAUUUUCAGCAUUUAUCAGAUGCUUUUAUCCAAAGCGACUUACAGUUAUGACUGAACACCAUUUUGAGCAAUUGAGAGUUAAGGGCCUUGCUCAGGGGCCCAACAGUGGCAACUUGGCGGUGGUGGGGCUUGAACCAGCAACCUUUUGAUUACUAGUCCAGUACCUUAUCCACUGAGCUAUCACUGCCCUGCAUCAACACUUGUUUAUAUUUACACUUUGUUUUUCUUGGGUUAUUUCCUAGUCAAACAUUGUAGAUUAUACAAAAGUUACCUAAGUAUUCUAACGCAGCAUUUACUUUGUGGAUUGGGAUGUAACCACUUUUUUCUAUUUUAUUUAUGCAUUUUCUCCCCAAUUUAGCGUCGUCAGUUUGUCUUCCGCUGCUGCAGGACAACUGAUUGCAGUCGAGGUGGGUAUAUUGCUGCUCACGCCUCCUCUGACCGUUUUUUCACCCAUGCAUUCUACACAGGCGCCUCUCUAUCUGUCGAUCAGGGUCCUUACACAGCGUUAGAAGACCCCACCCACAUAGUCCGGUCAUCCCGCCCUAGCAGAACAGACAAAUUUUUUUAUGCCCGCUAGAUGGCGCCCAGCUGACCGGUGGCAACACCGAGUUUCGAACCAAGGAGUUUAGAUUCUCAGCACUGGUGUGCUAGCGGGAUGUAACCAUUUUUGAUCACCAUGGAGUCUCACCUUCUGUUUGGAGAAACAAAAUCUCAGUUUGAAUUUGGUCGGGGGUUGUGCAACCGGCAGCAGAUUUAGAGUUGUGAAUUGGAAAUGACUAGUUUGGGGGAUAAAGGGGGGAAAUCCAGAAAAACAGAAAUUAAUUAUCACUAGCCAGUGUCAGACAGGCGAGUGCAAUUGUGGCAGUUGCAGCAAAUUGGCUAGAUGGUCAAUCAAAAUAAGCAUCGUCUCUCAGACACCUUUAUUGAGUGAAUUAACGCUAGGAUAGAAUGAAUAAAUGAAUCAUGUUUUACGUUGUAUUUUCUUAGAUGUUCAGUAUUUUUGUGUUUGAUUUUUCAGUAUAUAUAUAUUUUUUUUAAUUAGGGUGUACACAAGUGUUUUGAUAUUUGUUCUUUGGGUUAGGGUUAUGUUAUAUAGCCUUGAAUGAAACGCUGGAAUGCUAAGCACUUUAUCUCAGAUUUAAAGGUGGACUUGAGUGUUGCACUUUGAAAAAUUUACCUUUUCAUUAUGAACCAAUGGCUACCGAUUGUAUAAUAUGGAAAAAUAAAACUACAAUGUAAACAAUGUGAUUAAAUGAAA